CAGAGGCUGAAAAGAGGCAGAGCAGCUACAUUUGAUUCAUUUCAUUCAUUGAGCAGCGGAUGAGAAAACUGCGCUUGCACACACACACCAUGAUGCCAGGACAUGCUAGAAACCCACACAGUGUUCAGGUCAGGAAUUCUCAUGAGCUUUACUAUCUGAGGAUGCAACGAGCGCAGGAGAAGAUGGAGCGGUCGGAGAAGCCAAAGAAAGAAAGACUUCGCGUAUGCGUGGCCACUUGCAACCGAGCGGACUACUCCAAACUGGCACCCAUCAUGUUCGGCAUCAAAUCUCACCCGGACAUUUUUGACCUGGAGGUGGUGGUGCUGGGUUCACAUCUCAUUGACGAUUACGGAAACACGUUCCGUAUGAUUGAGCAGGAUGACUUUGACAUCGGCUCCAAGUUGCACACCAUCGUUCGCGGUGAGGACGAGGCUGCCAUGGUGGAGUCUGUCGGUCUGGCGCUCGUCAAGCUUCCCGAUGUCCUCCAACGUCUCGCGCCCGACAUUCUGCUGGUUCACGGCGACCGUUUCGAUGCUUUGGCUUUGGCGACGGCGGCGGCUCUGAUGAACAUUCGGAUAUUGCAUCUGGAAGGUGGAGAAGUGAGUGGAACCAUUGACGACUCCAUUCGUCACGCCAUCUCCAAACUGGCACACUACCACGCCGUCUGCACGCUCUCUGCCGAGAGACACCUCAUCUCCAUGUGCGAAGAUCACUCUCGCAUCUUAUUGGCCGGCUGCCCAUCGUACGACAAGCUGCUCUCCGCCUACAAACGAGACGAUUAUGCUGACAUCAUCAAGUCAUGGAUCGGGGAUGACGUGAAGGAACAGGACUAUAUUGUAGCCCUCCAGCAUCCUGUUACCACAGACAUCAAGAACUCCAUCAAGAUCUACGAGUUAAUGCUGGAUGCACUCGUCUCCUUCAACAAGAAAACUCUCAUUCUCUUCCCGAAUAUUGACGCAGGCAGUAAGGAGAUGGUCCGUGUGAUGAGGCGGAAGGGAAUCGAGCAGCAUCAGAACUUUCGCGCAGUAAAGCACGUACCGUUCGAUCAGUUCAUCCAGCUGGUGGCUCACGCAGGCUGCAUGAUCGGGAACAGCAGCUGUGGAGUUCGGGAAGCCGGAGCGUUCGGGACACCUGUCAUAAACCUGGGCACUCGACAGACGGGUCGAGAAACGGGGGAAAAUGUUCUACAUGUGCGAGACGCAGACACUCAUAAUAAAAUCUAUCAUGCCCUCGAGCUGCAGUUUGGGAAACGCUACCCCUGCUCCAAGAUCUAUGGAGAUGGAAAUGCAGUCCAGCGCAUCUUAAAGUUCCUGCAGACCAUCGACCUCUCAGAGCCUCUGCAGAAGAAGUUCUGUUUCCCUCCAGUGAAGGAGUGCAUCUCGCAAGACAUUGACCACAUUCUGGAGACCCAGAGCGCACUUUCUGUCGACCUGGGUGGAACAAACCUGCGCGUCGGCAUCGUCAGCAUGAAGGGUAAAGUGGUCAAGAAGUAUGUACAGUUAAAUCCCAAGACGUUUGAGGAGAGGAUAGAGCUGAUUCUGACCAUGUGUAAACAGGCCAUGGCAGACGCCGUUCACCUCAACUGUAGGAUCCUGGGUGUGGGUGUGAGCACGGGGGGCCGUGUGAACCCUCAGGAUGGCGUUGUUCUUCACUCCACCAAGCUAAUAAAGGAGUGGAGUUCGGUUGACAUCCGCACGCCCCUCUCCAGCGCCCUUCAUCUGCCCGUGUGGGUCGAUAAUGAUGGGAACUGCGCUGCCCUGGCUGAGAGGAAGUUUGGCCAUGGCAAAGGCGUGGAGAACUUUGUUACCAUUAUCACUGGAACCGGUAUUGGAGGUGGUAUAAUCCAGCACAAUGAGCUGAUCCAUGGCAACACGUUUUGCGCAGCUGAACUGGGACACAUCGUGGUGUCUCUGGAAGGGCCAGAAUGCAUGUGUGGAGGCCACGGCUGCAUAGAGGCCUAUUCGUCAGGUCUCGCUCUGCAGAGAGAAGCCAAGAGACUCCAUGAUGAGGACUUGCUGCUGGUGGAGGGUAUGACUCUGAAUAACAAAGAACAGGUGAACGCCAUUCAUCUGAUCAACGCUGCUCGACUCGGCAACUCCAAAGCAGAGACCGUCCUUCACACUGCGGGUACAGCUUUAGGUUUGGGCAUCGUGAACAUCCUGCACAUGAUCAACCCGUCUCUGGUCAUUCUGUCUGGGGUUCUGGCGGUGCACUAUGAGACUCCGGUCCGCCAGGUGAUCGGCCAGCGUGCGCUGCUCACCGCACAGGGGACCAACGUCAUGGUGUCCGACCUGGAGGACCCGGCGCUGCUGGGAGCCGCUAGUAUGGUGCUGGAUUACACCACCCGCAGAACUUACUGAGAUAUCACUCACAGACUCACAGAACCAGGGCCAAUCAUGUGCAGCAUCCUUGCUUUGAAGGUUUUUUAAAUCGUGUAGUAAUAUCUGUAGGUGCUGUUUGCGACUAAUUUUAAAUAAUAAAAAAUAAAAGUUUACAUUUACAUAAUUUAGUGUGUAUUAGGUAGAUUUAUUAUGUAUAUGUAAAUACACACGUCCAUCUAUAUAUGUUUAUACAUGUAUAGAAAAUGCUUA